AUGUCUAGCCAAUCCACUGUGACGGAGCCCACCGAGCCCACCGUAUCUCCACCUGCCGACUCUCCACCUGCUGUUUCUUCAUGUACUUUUACCACACCCCCCUCCCUCCUAACCCCAUUUUUUCAACUUUCACCCGAGCUCACUAUAUCCCUUUUUCCGCCAAGCCCUCCAGCAGGCUCCCCUUCGCUACCACCAGACUCGCGUACGUGGGUUCCAGCCAACUUUUCAAGAGAUACCAGCUGGACACCUGCUAUAUGGAUUCGGAUCAUUGGAUUUGUGCAGGACAUCCAUUGUAUGAUGCUACUAGGUCCGUUUUCUGGCGACAGCAACAUUCAUGAAAAUGUUUUCAAUGUCGGAUUCUUGAACUUUGCCAGGUCAUUUCAACACAUAUGUCAGAUUAGGGGUGCUUUUGUGCCCGGACGACGGCUGGUCGAAGCUGCAUGGGUGGCCAGAAUGAGCACAUACAUCAUCAAACAGUAUUCAGUCUCUGGGAUGGAGAGUCUGAAUGAAUGUUUGUGGCAGACCCAGUCCGACGAAGUAGAAAAGUACUGGACAGGAAUGAGGAUUCGGUACAAGGGCCUCGAUGUCCAAAGCCAUUUCAAUGGUGCUGUCGGCCCACUUAGCGAACUCUCUCGAAUAAUCAAUGAUACAUCUUUGCUACAAAGAUUGAACAUGGAUAAACCCCAUCCGCCUCAGUUGCUUGUGCGUGCGUCUUAUUUGACAUUUGCAUUGUCGGGCCGGACCUAUGAACUGACGAACUUGAGUCAUAAAUUGAAGGGAAAAGCAGAAUCAGAAUAG